CGCACCAUGAGUCUUAGCUGGGCAGGCAAGCCGCUGCCGCGCUGGGGGCUGCCUCUCGGCGGCGCCGCGCUGCUCCUGCUGCUCCUUCCGGCGGCCGCCGCGCAGGAACCUUCCGGAGCGGCUUGCUCUCAGAACACAAACAGAACCUGUGAGGAGUGCCUGAAGAAUGUCUCCUGUCUCUGGUGCAACACUAAUAAGGCGUGCCUGGACUACCCAGUUACAAAAAUCUUGCCACCUGGUUCUCUUUGUAAACUGAGUUCUGCACGCUGGGGUGUCUGCUGGGUGAACUUCGAGGCGUUGAUCAUCGCCAUGUCGGUGGUGGGGGGAGCCCUCCUUCUGGGCAUUGCCAUCUGCUGCUGCUGCUGCUGCUGCAGGAGGAAGAGGAGUCGGAAGCCAGAUAAAAGUGAUGAGAAGGCUAUGCGGGAGCGGGAAGAGAGGAGGAUACGGCAGGAGGAGAGGAGAGCAGAGAUGAAGACAAGACACGAUGAGAUCAGAAAGAAAUAUGGUUUGUUUAAAGAAGAAAAUCCAUAUGCUAGAUUUGAAAACAACUAAAACACUCCGACAUGUCGAGCAGUUCCAAAGCUUCCUGCAAGGGGCAUACACUCCACUGCCCUCACAGCUCCUGACCUUGACAGGUG